ACACUGUACUUUUCCACUAUCCAAAAACAUACGGCUCUCUCUAAGCCAUUAUGGCCAGUCAGCUCCCCCCUCCAAAACGACAAAAGGUGUACCACGGCAUACCAGAACCAGAGCCGGAACCACUACAACCCUCGCCCAAUGUUGUGGUCCAAUUUGUGUCUGAGGAGGAUGGGACACCAUUGGCACCUUCGGUGAACUUGCCUUCUAACAUUUCUCGGAGUGCUUUGGAAGCAUUGGUAAACAAGCUUAGCACAAAGUAACCUUUGCUGUAAUCAACUGAUAGGACGAGGAUCCAGUCCCAUUCGCCUUCCACAUCGCUUUGCCCCCGGAUGCUUCAAAUGGAGGAGCACCAACCAGGAUUACGAUCUCAAAAUCAAUAGAAGAGGACGUACUGUCACAUCCCUCACAGGCGUUCACACCGGAAGACGUCUUCGUUAUUCAUUGUUCGCCUCAAGCGGUGUUCAGAGUUCGACCUGCAACGAGAUGUUCUUCAACGCUAUCUGGACAUACCUCUCCAAUUCUUUGCGCUUCAUUCUCUCCAACGGGAAAUCUUCUUGCAACAGGCUCAGGAGAUUGCAAUGCUCGUCUAUGGGACCUCUUCACUGAAAUGCCGUCGCACACCCUGUCCGGUCAUAAGGGUUGGGUCCUAUGUGUGGAGUGGGAGGCAUUAGAACGGAAACUCGCUACUGGAGGACAUGAUGGACAUGUUCGUUUGUGGGAUCCCAAAACUGGCAAGGCUCUUGGCGAUGCACUUAAAGGUCAUUCAAAAUGGGUCACGUCCCUUGCUUGGGAACCUAUACACCUAAACCCUUCAGCCCCUCGACUGGCUUCCUCGUCAAAAGAUGGCACAGUCCGCGUUUGGAAUACUGCUACUCGUCGAUGCGAAUAUACACUUGGUGGUCACACUGCUAGUGUUAAUGUCGUUAGAUGGGGUGGAGGUGGUCUGAAUAGCAAAGGCGUGCUGUAUACAGCCUCAAGUGAUCGUACUGUACGGAUAUGGGACGCUGAAGGGGGCAAGCUUCUACACACUCUGAAAGAUCACGCACAUUGGGUGACCACGCUCACCCUCAAUACCGACUUUGUGCUUAGAACAGGUCCCUUCGAUCAUAUAGGCAAGAAGCCAGUCUCUGACGAUGAAGCACAAGCGCAAGCCCUGGCGCGAUACAGCAACAUUGUCUCUUCCAACGGCGAGCUCCUCAUUACAGGUUCAGACGACCACACACUCUUCCUCUGGUCCCUCUUCCCUUCCCGAACUACAACCACCGAAAACGCAGCCGCAGCUGCUGAACGUGGAGGCAAACUCAAACCUAUUGCCCGAUUGACUGGUCAUCAACGACAAGUCUCACAUGUUGCCUUUAGUCCUGAUGGAAGGUGGGCCGCCAGUGCUGCAUUCGACAAUAGUGUGCGAGUAUGGGAUGGACGGACUGGGAAGUUCAUAGCAACAUUGAGAGGCCAUGUUGGGGCUGUUUAUAGGCUCGCUUGGAGUGCGGAUUCGAGGAUGCUCGUUAGUGCAAGUAAAGACAGCACGUUGAAGAUAUGGGACCUGAAGACGUACAAACUUAAAACUGACCUUCCAGGUCAUACAGAUGAAGUCUACUGUGUUGACUUUGUAGCGGAUAAGGUGGUAAGCGGCGGUAGAGAUAGGACUGUCAAAAUUUGGAAGAACUAGGCGAUGCCUGGCGUAGUCACAUAGUGAUUGCUGAUUAAUUCUAGAUCUAUUUGGAUAUCAUAGGUAUAUGAGUCUUCUCCUGCGGUCUUCUUUCGUGUAGUGCAAGGUAGAUCACUAAUGCUCUAAGCAUCAAGUGACUCACCUGUGGUUUCGUAUACUGGACCACAUUUAACUGCGUCUGAAAUUUCCGACUUCAGCAGCUGUCAAAACUUGAACCUCAGCUAAGAUCAUUCCUCGAGUUGAACGUUCACAAUAGCCUAGUAUAUAUGUUAUUCUCUAUCUUCUACAGCUUUAAAUGUGUUCUGGUAUUCUUUU